CGAGUACAUACUUUCUUUUUCAUUAUACAUACAAGCGUCUACAUCAAUGUCCUUCCUUUUCAAAUGCGAACUGACUUACACAUAAAGGUUGACAAUUACCUAAGCAACAUAUAUUUGUUCACCAGAAUCAUGCGAUCCCAAAUUAUUUUGUGUUUCAAAUUGUUGACCUUACAUUUAGCAAGUUCGUCAAACUCCACAGGCACGACAUUGGCAAGAAAUAACACGACUUUCACAACAGAGGGUAUCCAAACACUAAUCAACGUAUCUAAUACUACCCCUCUGAGGAAGUCACCCCGGUCUCCUUCAUCCUCACAAAGAGCAGACCGUUUUACAUCUUUUCCAGAAACAACACCAGCUACAACCAAAGAACACUCUUCUUCUGGGAGAAUGUUUGGUGACCUAUCAUCUAUCGCAUCCUCAUCUGCACUUGGUGGAAGCGUGGUUGUCUUCUUCGUGGCUGUUGUACUGAUUGUCUUCUUCAGACACUCCAAAGAUAAUUCCCCAACCUAUGAUAGAUACGAUAUUGCCAUCACCCAAACAGAUGAGAAUGUCCCAUCAGAAGUGACCAUGGAUCAUCAAGGGAGACACGAUGACCAAGAUCUCAGUGACGAUACCAACUUGUCUACGGAAAAUCUCUAUUCUAAAAUUGCUAAAGCUCACACAGUUGAAGAAAAUGAUUGCACUAUCGAGAAUGGUAUAUCAGAUAAAACAAACGAACCAUCCGAAAGACUAGGCGAUACUGAAGACACUCUGAUUACUGAAGAUAAUGAAACUGCCGGUAGAUACCAGAAUAAAGAUGGACUUGUGUAUGUAGAUAUUGAAUUUGGAAACAUUGGUUCAACACUGAUACCAUGUACGUCUACAAACUCAGAUAACGCCUCAUAGCAUAGUUGCGUUGAUAGUUGAUGAGCUUAUGCAACUCCAAAUUCGCUUUAUCAUCUGAUAAAAGUUUAUGAUCUGUAUUUUAAUUUACUAGAGUUAAAACUAAUAAAUUAUCAAAUAAAAUA